AUGAUACCUAUCAGGAAGAAAGACUGCGUUGGCUGUGGAGCUAAAGCAAAUGUCCACAAAGCCAGCGAAACCAUCGUGGUCAAAGUCUCUAAUUCCAGUGCCCCUACGGAAGACCCCUUUUUACAAGAAGUCAAAUUCUACAAACGCUUAUUCGAAGAAAAAGACCGAUGUCUAGAUAUUGUUGAUUGCUUUAUUGCAUUACCAAACUACAUUUUCCUCUCAUACUGCUGCAACGAUAAUCUAGCACGCCGUUUCUUCAAAUACCAGGAGCGAGAGAUACGUCCAAACGGUCGUCCUGGAAAACUUUUAGGUAUAAAGAAUAUAAGAACUCUACGCUUAUUUCUCAAUGGAUAUAACAACUCACCUCAGCCUUUUUUAGGUAUAAAAGUGUAUGAGGACCCCACACUUAUUGCUCGAUGGAUACAACAACUCUCCUCUGCUCUUGCUUUUAUGGAGAAGCUAGGAUACACUCAUAACGACCUACAUCCACGCAACUGUCUUCUCGAUGAAAAUUUAAACUUAAAGUUAUCUGACUUUGAUCAGACUACUACUAUCGGGCAGUUUCUUGAGAGCCUCAUGGAACCCUGGGCUAUAAAGUUGAGUUCUGGCCCACUAAGUAAUACCUACGGUCUUACGUCUGCUCGCACUGAGCAGUUUGCUGUUGGUACCUUUCUUUAUACGAUGGUAUACGGCCAUGAGCCAUAUGAGGAUAUCCACCUCGAAGAAGACCCGAUAGAACUAAGACGGCGAUUUAGAGCUUUGGAGUUUCCGGAACUUAACCGACACGACGUCUUUGAUAAUUUAAUAUCUGCUUGCUGGUAUAAUGUAUAUCCCACUAUGGCUCUUGUUGCUUAUGAUUUUAAGCGCAAGACUAAAGAUAUUGCUUCAUCUUCGGAUUACAAGAUUGUUGACUAUGUGAAAGAGAAAAAUACCUGUAUAGCCUUACUUCAAGGUGGCUUGCUCGGUCCUGAGUGGGCUUUAUCUUAUCAACCAACCUGGAGAAGAUACCUACAUGCCAUUGUUGGAAAUUUUCUCUUCAUUUGGAAACGCUCGGUCAAUUUCCUAGGCUCACUUUUCCGUAGGUAG